CAAGUUCUCUUGCGUAACCAAUGCUGUCUUAGUACACAUCUAUCGUCAGUUAUAAGAUUUUAAGAAAAAAUAUCAAUACGCCCAAUAAUAUCAAGCAAAAAUAAACUGUUAAUAAAUAUUGCGAGAAUCUUUAUUCCCUACGUGAAGAAAAACUAUACUUUGUAUUUGCCCGAGAGUUUUAAAAAGACAGGUCUGAUGAAAUCUAUGUUUGAUUUUUCCACGUUAUUCACACGCCCUUUCUUGCACCACCGCUAGAAGUCGCUUAAUAUCAAAAAGUAGGUAUUUUUCCUAAAAAUGGACUUGUGCAAACAAGCUAAGAGGCAGUUAUUUUUACAGGGCAGUGUAGUUUAGUAGGUGUCUUCUCCCGAUCUUGCAGGAUUUCCGAGAGGUCAUAGCGCAGGCUUUUUUUUUUUUUUUUCCUGAAGCAACACUAUAGCCUACUCAUUUGUCACUUGUCAACAUGGCAACUCGAUGGGGACUCUGUGGAGCUGGAAAGAUCAGCCAUGAUUUUUGUGUGGCCAUUAAGACUCUGCCUCCGGGAGAUCAUCGGAUUGCUGUCAUUGCAUCGAGGAGUAUUGACCGUGCCAAAGAUUUUGCCCAGAAACAUGGUAUUCCUAAGGCCUAUGGCAGCUAUGAGGAGCUGACCAAUGACCCAGAAAUUGACAUUGUAUAUCUGGGAGUGCUGCAUACAGAACACUGGAGAGUUGGCAUGCUGUUCCUCAAGGCUGGGAAAAACGUGCUGUGUGAAAAACCCUUUGCUAUGAACUCCAGAGAGGUGAAAGACCUCGUUGCCACAGCCAAGAAAAACAAUGUCUUCCUGAUGGAGGCCAUCUGGUCCCGCUGUUUCCCUGUGUAUGCUGAGGUGCGCAGGCUGCUGGCAGAGGAGGCGGUUGGGAAUGUGAAGCUGGUAAAAGCCUACUUUGGCUCCCCUCGGCUCAAAGUGCCUCGGUCAGAGCAGAAGGAGCUGGGUGGAGGAGCUCUGCUGGAUAUCGGAGUGUACUGCCUGCAGUUUGUGUUGAUGGUGUUCAAUGGUGAAAGGCCAGAGUCCAUCCAAGCCACAGGGGUGCUGCUUGACUCAGGAGUGGAUGAAUCAGUGGUUGUGACAAUGAAAUUCUCCAGGAAGAGGAUGGCCUUGUGUGCCUUUUCAAUUGCAGCCAGACUUCCAAAUGAUGCUGUCAUUGCGGGCACUAAGGGUUCCAUUAAAGUUCUUGGCCCCAUGCACUGCCCCACCAAACUGGUGGUGAAUGACAAGGAAACAGAGUACCCUCUGCCUGAGCCGUGUCUCCCUCUGAAUUUUACCAACAGCACCGGGCUGCGCUAUGAGGCAGCAGAAGUGAGGCAGUGCCUGCUUAAAGGACUUAAGGAGAGCCCACGGAUGCCUCUGGCAGAUUCUGUCUUGCUGACGGAGAUCAUGGAUGAAAUCAGGAAACAAGUGGGAGUUGUCUUCAGCCAAGACAGCCAGUGACGCCACUGUCAAGCAGAGCUGUUUCACCUGACCAAAUCCUACUAAGAUGUAACAGAAGAAGCUGUGGGAUUUACUACAAAGGAAGUUCAACAUAGCCAGGGUUAUUUUGCAAUGGGUGGCUUGACAAAACCUAAAAUCUAAAACCCAGAGAAAAUGCAUAUCACAACAGUGUUUCACAGCUUUCUCUGCUGAGCUCAGCUUUCUGCUUCACAUUCACAUGAAAAGGACAGGUUUAGCAACACAUGACUUUUUUCCAUAUAAAAUUAUCCCUAUAACUGCCUCCUUCUCUAUCUUUUGCCGGGUACUAGGGAGUUCUUGGGCGCCUUUAACCCUGGGACCCUGAUCUCAGCUCGUACCAAGGUGGCCGGCCUCUAGCGGGGUUGGCUGCCUGUCACUCCUGGUCCUUUGAGACUCCCAGCCCUUGGGCGUGGGUGCCCCAUUUAGGGCCUCCCUCGUCCUCCUGGGAUUGGCAUGCAGAUAUCGGUGAGAUGUGUGGCCUUAGGGCUUCAGUGCUCUUGGGGGCUGCAGAUGGCCCUGUUCUCCUGGAUUUAUCACUCCCUGGCUCUGGCUCCUGGGGGGUGUUAUGACAGCUUCCUACCCCAUUUUUAAGUACAUUUUGUGACAAAGACACACUCAAACUUGACACUCUCUCUCUUUAUCUUUCUCACACUCACACACUCCACAAGAAGAUUGUUAAUUUAUGUACCUGUGCAUUUUUGAAUGUUUGUGUUCCAGGUGUUGUAUAUUUGUUUUUCUUACAGGUGCGGCAGUUGGCAAUACGUUGUGCAUUUGUACUCUAUCGUUAUUAUUACAUGUUUGGCAAAACAGUGCCUACAGAUCAUAAUUCUGAUUGCAAAAGCUGCCAGGCAGGACAGGAUUUUUUUUUUUUUUUAAAUGAGCAUGAUUCUUUCAUUAGUGUCACUUCAUGGGCUCAGAAACAUUUCUAAAUCACUUUAUGUAAACACAGUUUGCUGCUCUAUAAGCUCUAUCAGGUAAAGAAGCCAUAUGAUCCCAAAAUAGAAGAAGAAAUACUGACAUUUUCCUUUGGCUGAAGUUCAUUAAAAUGGACUGAAGCAAAGUGCAAAACUGCUCUAUGGUCAGAUUAAUAGAAUUUCAAAAUUAUUAUUACAAAACAUGGACAUCAUAUCCUCCAGACUAGAGAAGAGAGGUAACAUCCAGCUUGUUAUCAUAUGGUUUGUCUUCUGUGUUCUAUUGUGAAUAAAAUUUGACAACUUCCUUUCUGUAAAUAGAAUCAAACAAGAUGAAAUAUCUUUAAAGUAUCUAUCUAUCUAUCUAUCUAUCUAUCUAUCUAUCUAUCUAUCUAUCUAUCUAUCUAUCUAUCUAUCUAUCUAUCUAUCUAUCUAUCUAUCUAUCGCUGUAACCUUAUUGCAAGGUUUUUUAGGGGAUUUUUGUUGUAAGAUAUGACUUAAA